CUUUCACAUAACCAUCUUCCAAUUGCUAAUUCGGAGGGUAAUUUGGUAACUUUCCGAAGUUUCUCCCUUGGGGAGUGAAGAAAGGGUUGGGUAGAAAUACGAGAGAUAGACCUUUCCUUCUUCUUCGGCUUUUCUUCAUGGAUACUGAUGGGUUUUCUGCCCUCUGUAAUCAUGAUCCCCCAAAACCAUCAUUACCAGUCUUGAAACUACUCUCUCUCUCUCUCUCUGGAUUUACAUGACAGCCAAGGCACCACAUGGUGUGCAGACUAUCAACAGUUAUGGAAACACAUCCAACUAUUUAUAUGGUCUCACGAGCCACUCCCUGCUAUCUCAAAUCCAACUCAUUCCUUCAAAAUAGCAAGAGUACUUCCUCCUCCUUGUACUUCUACUUGUCCUUAGAUAAAAAUAUGUGUCUUCGUGCUACAGAGUGGAUUACUCCACCAAAACCCCUGUUUUCUAGAACCCGAAAGCAACAACGGAAGCGAUCCAACGUUCGAAUUCACAGACUCAACAGGAGGGAAAGGAAAUCCGAAGAGAAGGUUGGGAAGGAUAUGGAGCUGGAGAACUUGAAGCUGUACAAGGAGAACAUGAGUAUUAUGGAAGAAAACAACAAGUUGAGGAAGAAAGCUACCCUCCUACACCAAGAGAACCUCGCCUUGAUGUCCGAGUUGAUUCGGAAGAAAUUCUCUCACUCCGGACAGGAGUAUCUAUCUCUCCGAUACUCUCUUCCUCCUCCAGAACCCUAGGAUCAAAUGAACAGGAGUAUCUAUCUCUCUCUGAGUCGACGUAUCCGAUCUGGUUGGGGACAGAUAGGCUUGUUUAGUACUCUAUGUUGGUGAAGACUUUGCAUGCCCGUGCAGUAUCAUGUCGACCGUCUAACAUCUGUGUUCGAGUUUAGUUUUUUUUCAUGUCUUCUUCUCUUCAAAUGUUAAAAGUAGUUUCUUUUAAUUUUAAAACUACAUAUGGCUCUGUUGGAUUAA